AUGGCCAUGCUGAUGAUGGAAAACUCGGAGCCGGCCAUGCAACUAGAGAACCAGCUGUUUGCAUUACCGGCUACUCUAACGGAUAGGUGGCGCACUGAGCACGAAAAGCUCAAUCCCACGACCAUCUUAACGGACAACGGAUCGGCCGGCGACAUCAACUUUUUCAUCCCACCCAGCACAUCCGGACUACUCAGUUUAGCGGACAUGAUCCUGGAACUUGAAGUGGGUAUUAAAGUCCGUAAGAGCACUGGGGAAUGGGAACUGAUUACAACGGCAGAUGGUGUGGGACCGGUCAACAACAUUCUGCACUCUAUGUUCUCUUCAUGCCAUGUGACGGUGGCCAACCGGUUGAUCUCGGAUGCCGCCACGUUUUAUCCGUACCGCGCCUACCUGGAAUCUUUGCUGUCCCACUCCCUUGACGCUCAACAAAGCCAACUGACAUCCGCCGGUUUCUAUUACGACUCUCCGGGUUCUUUCAACAGUGAAACCGCGAACAAUGGUGAAAAAAUCGAACGGCGUUAUUUAAUACUGGACACCGGAGAACUCCUGAAAAAAACGGUCAAGUACCAUAUCGAACGCGUGGUUAUGCGCGUGUCGGACAUUCCCCAGCGAACCCAAAGCACCGUGGUCAGCAAUUUGCAGAUUGGCCAAAUUCCCAAAGUCGUCUUUAUUGGUUUUGUGGACAGCGAAGACUUUCACGGAUCGCAAAAGAAAAAUCCUUUCAACUUUCAACACUUCAAUAUUACACAAAUCAGCGUCGAAGUGGACGGUCAGAGUUACCCUACGAAACCGUACACUGCCGAUUUCGACCGCAAGUUGUCUCUGGAGUGCUACGACGGGCUGUUGGACACUUUGGGACAUCGUCCAAGCUUGCAAGGCGGCUUACCGUUUAACCGGACCCAGUAUAACGACGGCUAUACCAUUUUCGGUUUUGACCUGACUCCAGGACAUACCGGACGCGGACCACUGACGCUAAUCAAACAGGGAAACCUAAGUGUGUCCGUGUCCUUUGGUAAACCACUGAAAAGUACCAUUAUGAUGGUGUGCAUGCUGAUCUAUGACAGCAUCAUUGAAAUCAAUCAGCACCGUCAGUUAAUUGCUGACUUUACAACAUGA